CUCCCUCCCGGCCAUCCCGGGAUGUAUUUCCUCAGCGGGUGGCCGCGCCGCCUCCUCUGUCCCCUCAGGGGCUCCGAGAGGCCCUUCCACCUCCAGCCCGACUCCCGGAGGCUCCUCUUCGCCCUCGUGUCGCCGAGUCAGCUCAGCCUGUGGUACAGCCGGCCCAGUGUUUUAAUUGUAAGUUACAAGGAAUCUGCUAAGGCGACUUCACACUUGGGAUCUUAUGAAAGAACUGAAUGGAAACCAGACAGUAGCAUGUUAGCAGUUGCAACUGCAAAUGGAUACAUCCUACUCUUCGACAUUGUAUCUUCUGGAGAAGAGAAAUGUUUGUACGAGCCAGUGUAUCCCAAAGGCAGUCCACGAGUAAAAAUGACAGCAGGAUACAAGGAGGAACAAUGUGCCCCAUCCCUAAGUCUAGAGAUGAAGAAAGUGCUGGAUUUUCAAGUGCAAAUCACAAGUUUGCAGUCUAUGCAAGAUGACUUAGUAAUUGCUACUAAUGAUGGGAUACUCCAUCUUAUUCACUGGGAUGGUCUGACGAAUGGAAGGAAAGCCAUCAACCUUUGUACCAUUCCCUUCUCUGUAGAUUUACAGUCUUCAAGAAGCCCCUUGUUGGAUUUUGAAUGUGUGCAUAUCCGAGGUAUGGAAUACGCUGCCACUCUUGACGGGUUUGCUGUGGUUUUUGAUGAUGGUCGGAUUGGCUUCAUCACUCCCAUGUCCAGCAAAUUGAGAAAUGAGGAUUUGCAUGGUGUCUGGGCACAGGACAUUACUGAUGGUACAUGUGUGGCAGUAAACAGCAAGUACAGGUUAAUGGCAUUUGGGUGUGCAAAUGGUUCUGUUUUGGUUUAUACAAUGGAUACAACUACAGGAGCGAUGCAGAUAUCCCACAAAUUAGAAUUGACUCCAAAGCAUUAUCCUGAUAUCUGGAAUAAAACGGGUGCUGUUAAACUGAUCAGAUGGUCACCUGAUUGCAGUGUUGCUAUGGUAACGUGGGAAUGCGGCGGUUUAUCCUUGUGGAGUGUUUUUGGGGCUCACCUAUUUUGCACACUAGGUGGAGAUUUUGCCUAUCGUCCUGAUGGCACGAAAAAGGAGCCUAUAAAGAUCAGCUCUAUGAGCUGGGGUGCUGAAGGCUACCACCUUUGGGUGAUUUGCAGUGAUGGCGCUCCUCAAACAGAAAAUGAUUUGGAGAACAAAAAUGCAGUUCAGCAAGGAGAAAUUCUACAGUUCCAAUUCAUAAAAAGUGCUUUAACCGUCAACCCAUGCAUGAAUAACCAGGAACAAGUGCUGCUCCAGGGUGAGGAUCGCCUGUAUUUGAACUCCGGUGAUGCUUUACAUCAGAAUUCAAGCACCGCUUCAGCUAACUCAGGCCAUCAGCCGGUCAGGGAAAAGAACCCUCUGUUGGAUGAUAUUGCUGUUCCUCAGAGUUUAAGCACUUUAUUAGGGCACAGGCACUGGCUCGUUGUACAAAUUCACAGCACCUAUCUAGAAAGUAAUUGGCCGAUAAAGUUCUCGGCAAUAGACCGUCUGGGCCAGAGUGUGGCAGUGGCAGGCCGAUAUGGAAUUGCACAUUAUUCAUUGUUUACCCGAAAGUGGAAACUUUUUGGAAAUAUUACCCAGGAACAAAACCUGGCAGUGACUGGAGGUUUGGCAUGGUGGAAUGACUUCAUUGUGUUAGCGUGCUAUAAUUUGAUUGACCAACAAGAGGAGCUGAGACUGUAUCUCCGGACAUCUAACUUGGACAAUACCUUUGCUCACAUUACCAAAGUGCAAUCAGAGACUUUAUUACUGAAUGUCUUCAGGAACAUGGUAAUAUUGUUCAGAGCAGAUUGCUCCAUUUGCCUAUACAGUAUUGACCGGAGAGAUGAUGGCCCUAAUCCCAGUGCCAUUGUUGAGGUUCUGCAGGAGGUAUCCAUGUCUCGUUAUAUUCCCCACCCAACACUUGUGGUGUCAGUAACUCUAACUUCUGUGAGAACAGAGACAGGCAUCACCCUGAAAAUGCCACAGCAGGCUUGUGCUGCAGAGAGCAUUAUGCUUAAUCUAGCAGGACAACUCAUCAUGUUGCAGAGAGAUCGAUCAGGUCCUCAGGUACGAGAGAAGGAUAGCAUUCCCAAACAAAAACUGCUCCCAUUCUGUGCUCCAGUGGUACUUGCUCAGUGUGUUGAAAAUGUAUGGACUACCUGCAGAACCAACAAACAGAAGCGUCACCUGCUGGAGGCUCUCUGGCUGAGUUGUGGAGAAGCAGGGAUGAAAGUCUGGCUGCCCCUUUUUCCCAGGGACCAUCGCAAACCUCAUUCCUUCCUUUCCAGACGGAUCAUGCUGCCCUUCCAGAUAAACAUUUACCCAUUGGCUGUACUGUUUGAGGAUGCUUUGGUUCUUGGUGCAGUGAAUGAGACUGUGCUGUAUGAUGGAUUAUAUAUACAUACCAGUAACAGAGAACCUUUGGAGGUCCUUUUUCCUUUCUGUACUGUUGAGAGGACCUCUCAAAUCUACCUCCAUCAUAUCCUUCGCCAGCUGCUGGUUCGAAAUCUAGGUGAACAGGCACUGCUCUUAGCCCAGUCCUGUGCCACAUUGCCAUACUUCCCUCAUGUACUGGAAUUGAUGCUUCAUGAAGUAUUGGAAGAAGAAGCUACUUCCCGGGAACCUAUUCCUGACCCAUUGCUUCCAACUGUGGCAAAGUUCAUCACCGAGUUCCCACUCUUUCUGCAGACAGUGGUUCACUGUGCCAGGAAGACUGAAUACGCCUUGUGGAAUUAUCUGUUUGGUGCCGUGGGGAACCCUAAGGAUUUGUUUGAGGAAUGUUUGAUGGCACGUGACUUGGACACUGCUGCUUCUUAUCUCAUCAUCCUGCAGAACAUGGAGGCUCCAGCAGUCAGCAGGCAACAUGCUACACUACUUUUUAAUACUGCCUUGGAACAAGGAAAAUGGGAUCUUUGUCGCCACAUGAUCCGUUUCCUGAAAGCAAUUGGCGCUGGAGAAUUGGAAACUCCGCCACCUACUCCAGCCACUCAGGAACCAAGUUCAACGGGAGGUUUUGAGUUCUUCAAGCAUCGCAGCAUUAGUUUCUCACAAUCAGCAGAAGGAUUAGGCACCAGUAAAUGCAACUUGCAGAAGACAUUAAGCAUGCCAGCAGGGCCUUCAGCCAAGAGGUGGAGUAAGGAUGGUGACUGUGCUGAGAAUAUGUACAUUGAUGUUAUGCUUUGGCGUCAUGCACGAAGACUGCUGGAGGAUAUGAGGCUGAAAGACCUUGCUAGCUUUGCCGCACAGCUGGGUUUUGAGCUCAUAGGCUGGCUCUACAAAGAAAGGACUCGGGCCGGCCGGGUAGAGGACUUUGUUAAAGCUCUAAAAAGGCUCCAUAAGGACUUUCUUUGGCCUUUUCCAGUUAUUCCUUCCAGCUCUUUAGUAAAUUCACCGUUUAAAAAUGGUAAAUACAAAACAGUUGGAGACCAGUUUCUUAAAUCUCAGUCAACUGAGAUUUCGGUAAACAAAGAGGUGGAGAGUGGCGUUAUAACUGCACGUGGGAGCCACAUCUGCCUGAGCUUAGCCACUGCACCCAGAGAAAUAGAUGCUGGCUCAUUGCAAGGUCCUCAGACACAGGAUGCAUUCUUAUCACCUUUAUUUCCUAAAGGUGAUGAAUGCAGCAUUGGUUCAGCUACUGAUCUCACAGAAACCAGCUCUAUGGUGGAUGGUGACUGGAUGAUGGUAGAUGAAAGUUUUUCAACACUCAGUCUAACACAGUCUGAACUAGAAUAUAUAUCCAUGGAACUGGCCAAUAAGGGUCCUCACAAGUCGCAGGUUCAACUACAGUAUCUGAUGUACGUUUUUAUGGAGGCUGGGUGUUUGGAGUGGUGUAUAAUAACAGCACUAAUUCUCAAAGAUUCUGCUGUCAUAAGUCGGAUCAUGAGUUCAUUGCAGCACUCUGAGAUUCCCAUGGAAGUAUUGCAGGGCAUUAAGGAUGGGCUCCUAGCUGUCGAUGGAUGGGCUGCAACAGACUGCCCUGGAUACAAGCCAUUUCUGAAUCGCAUCAAACCUCAGCUGCAGAAGUUGAACGAGGUCACAGAGGAGCUGAUUGAGCCUGAAGCCUUUCAGCCUUCAGCACGCCUGAGCAUAUCAAAAGCAGUGGAGCCACCGAGCCCUUGGGCAGAGGACAGAAAUACUGUGAGCCACAACAACAGUAGCCAGAACGAUGUUAGUGGGAUCAGUAGUAGCAGCAGACAGGAAGAAGACAGCCAGGGAGAAGAAGAGGAGCAGCAGCAAGUAGAAGAAGGGAGCUAUGAGUGCUCUCUAUCAUGAACACUCCUUCACAGAGUCUGAACUGAAAAGGGACAUGAAUCAACGGUGCCUUGUGUCAGUGUUGUGUAUGUAUCUUGCCAUGCAUCAUGGGAGAAUAUUGGGCCGAGAUAUUGCCAUCACCACCACCAAAUAAGAGUAACAUUUCAGCCUUCACCUUUUUUACUUUGCAGGGGUGACAUUUUAAACUAUGAAGCAAGCAGUAUUCUGAAUAUAUGCAAGCUGACGGGAAACAAGACAAUGUUUUAAUCCAGGGAUUUCCAUGGUAGCAAGUAUUUUUUUCUCAGCACCCUGAUAUACUGCAAUGCGCAAAUUGUAAUCCUUUCCUGUGUGGUAGUAUGUCUUCAGAGUUAGCAGAGUCUGAAAACACAUUGAUUAAAGGCCCCGUAUAGAAAUAACUGGAAGAGUUUUCUGAUGUUCGUGGCAGGUUCUUGUCCUCCAUAUUGUGAAUGCCUUUGCACCACUUUAGAACCACUUGCAUGACUCCUUGCACGCAGUCUUUGCUUGAGUGAGACCAUCUCACAAAGGUGGCAUUGAUGCAAGAUUAAAUUCACCAAGUGCCAUUGCAGUAUUUGUGUAAAUCAGCCCAGAGCAAGUUACUGCAGGAAGAAAUCCAAAUGAAUAGUUCAGAGUGUACAGGCCAUGCGAAGAAUGUUGAAACUGAGAGAAGGGCUGCUCGUAAUUGGUCAGCAACACUGGUAGUUGCACAUGUUGAUAUAUAGUUAACACUUUUGUUUUUGUGGGUUUCUUUGUGCUGCAUUUAACCUGACAACUCAUGUGGAUUUUGUGAGUCAAAUAUCAUAACUAGUUGGUUACACUUUAUCUGCUGUGAUUCACCUAUGUUUGUGGUGACAGCUUAAAAAUCCCUCUCUGAGGUUGGGAUAUGAUGCAGUGGUCCUAAACAAAAUUUCUUACCAGAGAGCCUCUUUGCUUGAAAUGAAAUGAGAUUUGAUGAAGUUCGACACUAUUUAUUGCAAGUAUAAUCCCACUCCCACAGACUAUUGUACAAGAUGUGCACAGCAUAUGCACACGGCUCUGUUGUGUCCAGAGUUUUAAUUUCUUAAACCUGCUAUGUUGGUGCUUUUCAAAGUGAUCUUCUGUUCUAAGUAUUUUGUACAGACUUUUUUUGAAUCACUAACCUACCUGCUAUUGCAGCAGCUGUUUAUAUUGUACAGGACCUGGUGCAGUUAUUUGUUAAUGCAGGCAUGUUGCAUGUGCCCAAAAUAGCUGUGAAAUGUUAGGAAACUGUGAUGCUGUUUGAAUCUGGAUUUGGUACUGUACCCUGUUAUAAGAUCCUUGUGUGAUUUUCAUUGUAAAAUAAAUACCAUUGCUUUGUAGAGGGAGGGGACCAUAAUACGACCCUUUUUAAUGAAACUUAUACAUAAUCAGGAAGACUAUUUUAAACAGGUUUUGAGUUUAGAGAUGCCGUUAUUUAUUGCUUUCCCCAAAUGUCGAGUUUUUUGUUCCCAGAUGAAAAAAAUAUUUUAAUGUAAAUAUAAUAGUUAUGUAAUCAUGUGUUUAUACUUGCUAAUUAGGUUUUGGCAAGAUGUACAAUAAAUAUCUGAACAAUAACAAGUGACAUGCUUUUCAAUAGCUUUCACUAAAAGCAGUCCUAACUCGAGUGUGAUUAAGUAUUCAGCUGUUUCAAGGGAACAAACCCAGACACUUGAUUUCCUCCGACCCCUUCUCCUCGCCUCACUCAGUGCUAUCAGACACUAACCUAUUGGAGCUAACGUGCUGCAGGUUUUACAUGGUACCACCUACUUAGCUGUUUCCCCUACAUCCCAGUAUAAAUAAAAUAAAGUACCCAAAGCAGUAUUAAAGACUUAAGAUGAUAGGGUAUAUUUGUUACAGUGCAAUUUGAACAAACAGAAUGCAAAAUGUUGCUUAUUUUAUACAACAAAUUGUAGUCUAUUUUUAUAGUUCAAUGGAAUAUAAGUAAAUUUUGACUUGGACCAAAUUAGUGAUUAAGCUGGAAUGGUAACUGAUAUACUAACUGAACUGUGUUAAACAAAUACUUGCUUCUGAAGCUGCUUCAUUUGUAGAAUAGGUUUGAAAUGGCAUUAUUUUAAAAAGGUUUAAUUUCAAAGGGAUUCUCUUUACAACACUUUAUUUUGUUUGAUCAGAUCCCAAUAUGAGGAAAGUUAAAAAUCCAGUAGCCCAGCCAGGCUUCAUGCUGUAAGUGUAUUAUCUAAUGAGAGAUGUACCUCCUAGAGAAUACAUAAUAAAUGACAUAAUACAAUUAGUGAUGUGUUCAAACUAAAGUAAAGUCAGAUUCUUCUCAUUUUUAAAAUUGUGAAUAUCAAUAAUGAAUACUAUAGGGUUAAAUUAUUAUAUUGGAUUAUCAUCAAUUUGAGUUAUUUUCUGAUCAGUUAUUUUACAUACAUUUGCAUCUAUUCAGUUAUUUCUAGCACUAUAUUUAUAAUUGCUUACAUUAGAAAGCACCUGACUGAUGUAAUGCAACAUCGGUGUAUUCAGUAUUCAGAACAAUAUAUUUACAACCUUUGCUAACCUAUUAUCUGAUAUAUUAACGUGUUAAACACUGCAAUCCUAAUUGGAAACAACCCAUAAUAGCUUGAAAUUAGAAGAUGGAUCCAGAUUUGUUGAGCAUUUUUCUUUUACUCCCAACUUUCUAAAGCGUGAUCUAGUUUUUGGUUUAUCAAUGAAGCAAAGCUAUUUUUUUAAAUGAGCACCAUUCUUGCUGUACCAUAUUUAGAACAAUUUAAUAUACAGAUCAGAUGGUUUAAAAAGAAACAGCAGUCUGCCAAUUUAACAUGUUCUGUGACUGACAGAACUUCAUUGGCAACUUUGCAAGGUGGGCAUAAAUUAGGGUUGUUUCUCCAAGAAUCAUUGGAAAAACAUUUUGCGGUGCACAAUGCUAUUUUGUGGUAGUCCUUGUCUGUAUUCCUAUCAGAAAUCAUCAGCUAUCUAUUUUGUUUUCUGUUACAUGUACAGAUUUACAGCAAUAAAGUAAAAACAUUUUGACUGACAAA